AUGAAAGUCUAUGACCUCAUCUCCUUCAUCCUGUACUUCCUGCUCUGCCUGCCAUUGAUGUGGUUCAGCCCAGAAAACUAUCGUAAGCCGUUCCUCUUCGCCUCGACCACGGUGGCGACAGCCGUUUUUGUGCUAUUGAUCUGGUCCACCACUCGUGCAAGUGGUGGAGGUGCCCUUCUUGCAGAUGUGAGCAAGGUCUCUGGUAUCAAGCCUGCGCAAGGGGGAGACUUGGGCUGGGCCUUCGUAGCCGCGAUUACGGCAAAUAUUGGAGGUAUCGCUACGCAUAUGUGGUCUCAGUCCGACUACACCCGCUAUGCCCGGAAACCAGGGGACCAAGUCCUCGCUCAGCUCAUCAUGGUGCCUCUGGGGACCAUCAUCGUGGCCCGUAUCGGUAUUAUCUGCACAUCGUGCGCGGCAACGCUCUACCCCAACGAAGGGAAGCUGCUGUGGCAGCCCUACGCCUUCCUCGAUGCUGUACGCAAGAACGAGGCCAAUUCCGGCGCCCGAGCUGGGGUCGCGUUCGCCAGUAUCGCUUUCAUGCUAUCGCAAUUUGGCAUGGUCGUUGCCUCCAACUGUGUAGUCGCGGGUAUCGAUCUAGCCGCGCUGCUACCGCGAUGGUUUACGAUCCGCCGCGGAGGGUACUUCACUAUCGUCUUCGUCUUCGUCAUGCAGCCCUGGUCCCUGCUUAACAGCGCCAGCAACUUUUUAACCGUGGUCGGCAGCUUCAACGUCUUCCUCGGUCCGCUCAUGGGAAUCAUGUUUGCCGACUACUUCCUUAUCCGCAAGCGGACCAUGAAGCUCACCGACUUGUACGGUGACUCACCCGCCAGCAUUUACUGGUACACCAGAGGUUGGAAUCUGCGGGCGGCCGUUUCUUGGGUAUUCGGAGCCUGGAUGUUCAUUCCUGGUUUAGCGCAAAGAGCUACGGUACCUAGCGAAGUUUGGGGUGGGUGGACGAGACUUUACCAGUUGUCUUGGUUUGUGGGAUGUCUCGUAUCUGGCUCGACGUAUCUCGCAUUCAAUCGUAUCUGGCCCAUGCCUGAGAAACAGGCAGUGGAUGACCUUGAUUACUUUGGCACCUUUGGAGACGCGCCAGUACUGCGCGGCGUGGCUGAGCUGGACGUAAGCUCGAUAUCAGAGGUUGUGAGAGAAAAGUCGCGCGCGGGGCAAAAGGUCCAGAUCGUCUGA